CUUCGUGAUAUCAUUUUCUACGACAGGCGUUCGUAUAUUCUGGACAAAUUUAUCAAAAAUAUCUUUCUCGACGGACUUUGGGACUUGUUUCGUGUAUGUCCAGAAAAAUGAGCAACUUGCGUAGAUUCAUAGAUAUUGGGGCCAAUUUGACGGAUUUAAUGUAUAUGGGUAUGUACAAUAAUUCCGCAAAACAUGAGGCAGAUUUGGAGCAAGUUCUAAAAAGGAGUUGGGAUGCUGGUUUGAAAAAAAUAAUAAUUACAGGGGGGAAUUUGGUGGAGAGUGAAAAGGCACUCAAUAUUGCCAAAACUGAUGAAAGACUGUUCACUACAGUAGGUUGUCAUCCCACCAGAUGUUUAGAAUUUGAAGAAAAUCCUACAAAAUAUUUGUCAGACUUGAAAGAGACCGUUCAAAAAGGCGCAGGAAAAGUAGUAGCAAUUGGCGAAUGUGGAUUAGACUAUGAUCGAUUGCAAUUUUGUCCUAAAGAAAUUCAAAAGAAAUAUUUUGAACUACAAUUAGACUUAAGUAAAAGUUUUAAUCUACCAUUGUUUCUUCACUGCAGAAAUGCAGCUGAAGAUUUGAUAGAAAUCCUACACAAACAUCCAGGUUUGCAUGGAGUUGUACAUUCUUUUGAUGGUACAAUCAAAGAAGCAGAGCAAUUUAUGGAAAUGAACUUUUUUAUUGGGUUAAAUGGAUGCUCGUUGAAGACGUCGCAAAAUCUAGACACUGUGUCUAAGCUACCAUGUGACAAAAUAUUACUGGAAACAGACUGCCCUUGGUGUGAAAUCCGACCCACUCAUGCUGGAUUUUCUUUCAUAAACAAAGACAAUCUAGCCACUAGUGUCACAAAAAAAGAAAAGUGGAAACCUGACCACAUGGUAAAAGGUAGAAAUGAGCCAAACAAUAUCAGACAAGUUUUAGACGUUAUUGCUUCUGUUAAAAAGGAAGAUCCGGAUAAGUUGUGUGAACUAAUUUAUGAGAAUACACAGAAGUUAUUUUUUGCAAAUACAAACAACUAA